AUGGGCGAUAAGCGAAAACGCGACGAAGCUGCCGUCGACGAGAACGAUGGAGCGGUGGUUGACCUCGGGAAGUCGUCUAAGAAGAUAAAAAGCGGCGACAAGGAGAAGGUGAAGAAGGAAAGGAAGACCAAGAAGGAUAAGAAGGAAAAGAAGGAGAAGAAGAAGCUAGAGAAGGAAUUGAAAAAGAAGGCCAGAGAAGAAGCCAAUAAUGCCGCCGGCGAGGACAAGAUGGAGGUGGAUGGGGAGCCGAAUGGGGUCCAGAAGGCUGAGAAGAGCAAGAAGGUGAAGAGAGAGGACAAGUAUAAGAGAGCAAAACAGGAGAGGAUGGAGAAGAGAGCGAAGCUCGCGGAAGAGAACAAGACCGAGCAGGAUGAGAAGAAGGAGAAGAAGGAGAAAAAAGAGAAGAAGAAAGAGAAGAAAGAGAAGAAGGAAAAGAAGCUGAAGGAUGAAGAAAAGGAAGAGAAGCAGGAAGAGAAUGGUGUCAAUGGCGCAGAUGUAGAAGAGGAACAAUCUACACCAGCUGCUCCAGCUGAUACAGAGACACCCGCCGAGAACGGAACCGAAGAGGCUGCUGAAGGCGCAGUAGGAGAUGCUGAGAUGGAAGAAGCGCGGAAGAGCCAGAGAUUCAUAGUCUUCAUCAGCAAUCUACCGUUCACCGCCACGCAAGAGUCCGUCACGAAACACUUUGAAAAGCUCCAACCAACCUCCGUCCGUGUCCCGCUAGAGCGAGGGGGGAAGAAAGGCCGUGGAUUCGCCUUUGUUGAAUUCGCUGGCUUCGACCGCAUGAAGACCUGUUUAAAGCAGUACCACGGCACCAUGUUUGAAGACGGUGAUAAACCGGCCCGCAAGAUCAAGGUGGAACUAACUGCCGGAGGAGGCGGCUCGAAGUCUGAAGCGAGGAAGAUGAAGAUCCUGGAGAAGAACCAGAAACUCAACGAGGAGCGAGCCCGAGAUGCGCAGGAGGCCAAACGGGCCAAGACGGCGUCUGCCACGACUAAUGGAGCCGGCACAUCUGCGGCUGAUGAUCAGUCGCAUAUCCAUCCUAGCCGAAGAGCGAGAGUCCCCGUAUAG